GACAUGCUUUCGGGGCAGGGGGCGGCCGCUGGGGCCCGCAGUCUCUUGACUGGAGAGAUUUGACAAGAUACAAGGAGACUCAGUGCUACGUUAGCGGGUCCGUGGUGCAGCCUUGGUCGGAGACAUUUUUGAUUCCAGAAAUAUUUUUUUCUUCUCAGCUUUUGCCCGACUCAAAUUUGGCUGCAAUUGCCCCCAGCAUGGACCACACCAGCAUCAGCGAGUUGGUGCUGCAGUGCUUCCGCAGAUCUUCUGUCUGCGAAAGAGAAGGAUGGUUAAAAAGAAUUUGUUUAGUUGGAGGAACUUCGCAGCUGCCUCACUUCGCCCGCAGGCUGGAAAUGGAUUUGCUGCGCUCCUGGAGAGAAUCUGCUGGCGCUUAUUAUAAUGUCAAAGACCAAAUAGAGGUUAAGGUGCUGCCUUGUGAAGACCGCCAGCUUGCUGCCUUUCGCGGCGCCUUAUUAUUUGGACUGGUGGCCCGCCAAGAGCCGGAGGCCUGGCUGAGCCGCAGCCAGUUUGAGAGGACAGAGGGACUCGAAAAGACUGCCCGGCAGAUGGCCCUUUACAGCUAG